GAUUGUAUUAAUUGUUUUUUGUAUUUCUUCGCAUUUCGGUAUAAUUUGUGUGGCUUUUCCGGCUCUCACUUGUUUACGCUGCGCGGGAGCAGUAUAGUGAGCAAGGGAGAGCGGUGGACUGCUCGAGAAAGAGAAAGGGGAGAGGAGAGAGAGUGUGCCAAUUGUUGCUGGCCGAAGCAACAAGUUACUGGUGGAGAGGGUGUCGCGGGGCAAGUGCGUGCUGAGGGCGCCAAAAUAUGCUGGAUUUUGAAAUACGGAAUAUCUGUCAGCCAUGAACGUGGCUUCCAUUCGGCCCGAGCGCAGAAUUACGGUUCAUUUCGUGUGUGCGAGCGAGCAAGUGUGAAAAACAAGCGACCUCCAGCGGCGUCUUGGAAAGUGAGAGCGAGCGAGAGAGCACAGCAUACGCCCCCACGCACAGCUACAUAUUUCGGUUGCCCCCAAAUGGGUUUAGCAGCGACACUUAGCCAACACCAAUUAGUGACAAAAAUAUGAAAAAUGCACUGGAAUGAAGCACACUCACACUUGCACGCUCGCAGAUCGCGCUUAUGCGUCAGCUAAUGUCGCGAUCACUCGCAGCCAACAGCUGUUCGGCCACGAUCGCAAAACAGGCGCGAGUAUAAACGCCGAUAAGGUGGCCAACAAACAACAUAAAACUGGAAAGCAAGUUUAUUGCGGCAAGCCACUGUUCGGAGUAUCUGCAUAAAUGGAAAGCUAUUAAUAUAAUCGUCCGAUUCAGACAGAUCCUUCCAAAAGCAGGUUCGGAAUCGUCUUCUUCACUGCGUUGCAAACUUCUAACUGAAAUUAUAAUACCCUCUGCAAUGGUAUAAAAACCCAAAAAGAGUUAGACGUAGAGAAACUCAGGACUGACCACUGACCCAACCACUGCAGCAUCAAGAUGUCGUUCCGCGUGGUACGCAGCUCCAAAUUCCGCCACGUCUACGGACAGGCAUUGAAGCGGGAGCAGUGCUACGACAACAUACGGGUAUCCAAGUCCAGCUGGGACUCCACAUUCUGCGCGGUGAAUCCCAAGUUCCUGGCCAUCAUCGUGGAGUCGGCGGGCGGCGGAGCCUUCAUCGUCUUGCCACACAACAAAGUUGGUCGCAUAGCGGCAGACCAUCCGUUGGUGGGCGGACACAAGGGUCCCGUGCUGGACAUCGCCUGGUGCCCCCACAACGACAAUGUGAUCGCUUCCGGCUCGGAGGACUGCGUGGUCAAGGUGUGGCAGAUACCCGACGGCGGCCUGUCGCGCACGCUCACCGAACCCGUGGUCGACCUGGUCUUCCACCAGCGUCGCGUGGGUCUGGUGCUGUGGCACCCCUCGGCCCUCAAUGUGCUGCUCACCGCCGGCUCCGACAACCAGGUUGUUAUCUGGAACGUGGGCACUGGCGAAAUGCUCGUGCACAUCGACUCCCACCCGGACAUCGUGUACAGCGCCUGCUUCAACUGGGACGGCUCCAAACUGGUCACCACCUGCAAGGACAAGAAGAUCCGCAUCUACGAUCCGCGCAACGGCGAGCUGGAGAGCGAAGCCAUGUGCCACGAGGGCUCCAAGGCCACGAGAGCAAUCUUCCUGCGCCACGGUUUGAUCUUCACCACGGGCUUCAAUCGCAGCUCGGAGCGCCAGUACUCCCUGCGCGCACCGGACGCCCUCAACGAGCCCAUCGUCAUGGUGGAGCUCGAUACGUCCAACGGCGUAAUGUUCCCGCUCUACGACGCAGACACGAACAUGAUAUACCUGUGCGGCAAGGGUGACUCGGUCAUCAGGUAUUUCGAGGUAACGCCAGAGCCUCCGUUCGUGCACUAUAUCAACACGUUUCAGACGACAGAGCCGCAGCGUGGUAUUGGCCUAAUGCCCAAGCGCGGCUGCGAUGUCACCACCUGUGAGGUGGCCAAGUUCUACCGCAUGAACAACAACGGUCUGUGCCAGGUCAUUUCGAUGACCGUGCCGCGCAAAUCGGAUCUCUUCCAGGAGGAUCUCUACCCCGACACACUGGCGGAGGAUGCCGCCAUCACCGCCGAGGAGUGGAUCGACGGCAAGGAUGCGGACCCCAUCGUAUUUUCGCUUAAAGAUCGCGUUUCCAUUGUGCAGGGUGGCUACGUGUCCUCGUCGGUCAACAAGUCGCUGCCGGCGAAGAAGGCGGGCAACAUUCUCAACAAGCCCAGAGGCGAUGGUGGCAGCUCCGGAGCAGCAAGCAGCAGUGCGGGUGGUGGUUCCUACGCGUCCGGAAACAACAACGAGGCUAACGAGGGCGGACCGCCGGCAGCAGUUUUGUCGGAAAAGGACCUGCGCACCAUCCAGGACGAGAUCCGCAAACUUAAGGCGAUCAUCGUCAAGCAGGAGAACCGUAUUCGCGCCCUCGAGGCCAAGGAGGACGCCCGCAACAAGAAUGGAAGCGAUGCCGCGCCUGCCUCGGCGGCAGCAGCCUCCUCUGACGGCAAAGCCAGCGAAAGUGCCAACGACCACGCGUCCACAUCAGCAGCAACGGCGAAGGACGAGGACUAGGUCCAGCGAUAGAACCAGGACUGGACUGAUGAACAUGGGCGGAAUGGAUUGGAGGAGAGACAGAGAACUGCUUGUAGAAGCUCGUAGUUACCGCUUAAUUUCUCUAAAGCAACAUAACGUUCAUUUCGUACGCACCGAGGCGAAAUCGGAAACGAGAAGGAGUUAUCGUCUACUAUGAUUAUGGUUUCGAUUAUUUAUUUUGUAUAAUUUAAUAUUAGGUCCUUAGCGAGCGAAAUCAGUUGAGUGUGGCACAGAUAGGGUUAGAAAGAGCCGAACAAUAACCAUAAAAUCGAUCAUUUGCGAGCAGAGCUGGACGGUUAACGUAUAAAACAUAACAUAAACUACAUCCUGCCAAAAAUAUAUAAAAACCUAACGAACUACCUACGAUUUGCGCCCAAAAUCAAGCAGAGCGAAGGGCAGACACUCGGUCCUUCGGUCGUCUUAUUGUAACGCGAGUAUAAAAUUGUUGUAAAUUUAACAAAGGCAAAUCAUAGACUAAACCUCAAUCACCUAAGAGUUAACAUUUACCUACCAAAUUUGUACGAGCUCCUUUCUAUAACGUCUGUAUAUUUGUACGUCCCGAAUGUUUUCAUGACAAUAGCUGAUAGAUUUGAUACUGUUCAUCCUAGCUGGGGCCCCCUUAAUCAGCCACUUUCCUUUGCGAAUUUUUGUGUCAAACAUUACGAAUUUAGUGAGGAAGUGAUGGGGGCCAUCGGAUUUAAUUCGUUUUCAUAAUCAAAAUUUUAUUGUUCAAACUAAUGAUAAGCUGUAUUUUGAAAUAAUAAGAAUAACAAUAAAUGCAACAAAAUCAGAAAGAAAAUGAGAAACCAACGAAAA